AUGACCAGUUCCGACUCCAGCAAUUCGUCAAUGGGCGUUUCGAAAGACCCGACAAAGCCAAAUGAUCUUCAAUCUAAGCCUUACAUGCCAGCCUGGCGGCCGACGCUCGAUGAAGUGCUGAAUAACACCACCCCUCCACCGUACACGCUCAACGAAUUCGUAAAAUACCUCUCCAAAAACCAUUGCCUCGAGACCCUAGAGUUUAUUCUCGAAGCGAGGCGAUAUCGCGAAAGCUACAAGUCAUUAGUGGAAGCAGCAGGGGAGUCUACAGUGACAACCAACUCAUCGUCAAGCGUCAAUCUGAGAAUGCUCUAUGAGCUUCUCCUGACGACGUACAUUCUCCCCGGGGCGGCCCGUGAGGUCAACCUGUCUGUCAACGUACGUGAUGCCCUCUUGCGACACAAAAAUAUGUCGACACCACCACUACCUGAGACGCUUGACCCCGCCGUGAAAAACAUUCACGACCUGAUGGAGGAUUCAAUCUUCGUUUCGUUCCUGAACAGCCCCUCCACCUUUGUUCACCUAGACCCAACGUUGAAGCCGUCCAAUCAAGACGAUAUAACAUCCGGCCAUGCGAGUGUCACCGGCAACACAGCCUUGCGAGUCCUGCUGCCGCGGCUUUGGCAGCCCAAAGUCUACACGAAUGGGCUCAACCCCGGGAUCGGUUCUUCCGUUGCCGCGACUUUCGCAAACAAAGGUUACCAGGUCGCCAUCGCAUCGCGGAAGGGCACCGGCAGCAAGACAAGCGAAGGAUUCCUCUCCCUCCCGGCCGACUUCGCUAAUCCGGACUCCGUCCCCGCGCUAUUCAACGCCGUCAAGAGCACCUUCAACGCAACCCCUAGUGUCGUCGUCUACAACGCGGCGAGUCUCACACCUCCCCCGGACAACGACUCCGUCCUCUCAAUCCCGGCUGAGAGCGUGACAGCCGACUUGAACAUCAACACCGUCAGCCCCUACGUCGCGGCCCAGCAAGCCGUGCAGGCCUGGGAGGGUCUACCCCAGGACGCCCGGAAGACGUUUAUCUACACCGGUUCUUUUGCCGAUGAACGUACUGAGGACAGGACGGCCGUAGGUAACGCUCCUGAUGGAGCUGCCCAUGCGGAGCUUUAUACCCAGCUUGCGAGCCAUAAGGGGAAUGUCCCGUGGCAUGCCACGUUUGUAAAGGGCAAAGGCUAUGUGAAGUUUGAUUGA